AUGCGCUUGCUGGAUGCAUAUGACGUCUCUGUUGGAUGGCAGCACUCGCCAGAUUCGCAGCCACCGACGGUCGCUGCUUUUUCGCCCACGACCAUUUCAGGCUCGUCUUUGACAUCUAGACAGCGAUCAAGCAUCAUCGUACACCGCAAAUCUCCUCUUCUUGUCGCCACACCCCCAGCCAUCACACGAGCAUUGGCCUAUUCCCACCCGUUCAUACUUCCGUUAAAUAAGCUGGCUGGCUUGCUCACCUGGACCACGGGUGACCCAUGGCAAAGCUUCCUUCUUGUCGCCGGAUUCUGGACCAUUGUCUUGUAUAGCGAUGCCAUUAUCCUCUGGGCUGGCCCGAUCUUUGUGGUCAUCGGGUUGAUUCUGGGCAUGUACUGGCGGCGCUUCUCCCCCUUAUCAUCGGCCGCAACUACAGGAGAGAAACGCCACCAGAAGAAGGCGUCGGAAACAUCACCUCAUCAACAUGAAACUCUGGACGAAAUCGUUGAAACUUUAAGGACAUUCACGACCCGAUGCAAUAUCCUCUUGGACCCUCUCCUUGAGCUGACUGAAUUCAUGUCAACGCAGAGAACCGCCACUUCUGCAACUACCAAACCUGCUCUUACAACGCUCUUCAUCCGAAUUCUGUUUGUGACUCCGAUCUGGAUUAUCCUGACCCUUCCUCCCUUCUACCUGAUCACGACUCGUCGUGUUGUCAUGAGCAUCGGUACUAUCAUCCUCACCUACCAUUCCCGACCAGCGAGGGUUUCGCGGGUCAUUCUAUGGAGGUCCUUGACCGUGCGGCGGAUAUGUUCCAUGAUUACCGGCCUCUCCUUUUCUUUGGAUGCCAACAAAUCUCAAUCGCUUUGGGCUCAGAGCCAUGGCCAUGCUGCAACAAUUGCAACCAGACGGCGGGGUGAUUCCUCGGGCGUUCGCUUCACCUUCGUCAUCUACGAGAAUCAACGUCGAUGGCUUGGAAUUGGGUGGACAUACUCGUUAUUUCCAUCUGAGCGAGCUCCAUGGACGGACGAACAUCUUAAUGCAGUUCCGCCGAAGGACGAUUUUGAGCUCCCCGAAGUCCAGGGUGGGAACGCCAAAUGGCGAUGGGCAGAGGGCAGCGAAUGGCGUAUCGAAGGCGCCGACGGCACCAAAGAUAAAUCCGAAUCCAAGGCAGCGGAUGGGGGCGGGUGGAUAUAUUAUGAUAAUAAGUGGAACGACGGCCGUCGUGGACAAGACGGCUGGGACCGAUAUACUCGUCGUCGGAAGUGGUGCCGCGACGCUGAACUCACCGAGACGCAACAGUCGAGUGAGACCGCACCUUCCGUGGUGAAGUCUGGUUUAACACAGGCAUUUGAGAAUGAGAAACAAUCUGGCCACAAUGACGCUUCAACAGUCGAGACCGAUACCGUGAGUCCCGCCCCGUCCAUUUCCUCCACGGCCCGGAGACGACGUUGGUUCGGGGGCUCGAAACCUGUAAGCGACAAAGUCAGUAGCAUAUCCUCUGCGCUAUCAGCCUCUACCAGUACUACCUCCGUGGACCCUGGAAAAAUAACCUCUGCCACCAGUUACAACCCCUCCGGAACCCCCGCCUCCAGACCGAUUGAUAUUGAACAUUCUCGAAACCCAUCCGGCCAAUCUGGCAGUGCCAGCUUCAAUAGUCUUGAUCGAACCAGUAGCAUGCCGGGAAGCGUCUCAAAAAGUGAGAGCAGCAGUCUUCGGGAUAAGGAAAUAAACCAUGCGCAAGACCGUUUGGACCGCUGGGGCACUCGAGCUACAGGUGGUAUCGAGCGAGCGGAGCGAGAAUUGGGGCUGGGUGACGAGGUCAACAUGGGAUUGAGUUGA